GUGCGAUACAUCCACGACUGAGGGCGUCCUGCUCCCCAGUAUCCGCUCUAUUUAGUGCUUGCAGAGUCUUGCGAUUGUCAAAUCGCUGUUCUGCUCGCUUUCGUGCUUCGGCGAUUUCGAUCAGACUCCUCAGUUUGCUAAUUUAUUGCCUCUGGCCUCUGGCAUUCGACAAGCUACCAACUGACCUGUCAUGGCUGCUAUUUACGACGAACCGAACUCUCUGAAUGAUAUGACUAUGGACAUGACAUCGUCAUCGCAAACGUCUCCGGGGUUGUUCGAUCAACCACCUACUAUCGGUGGUGUGGGGGAACAGACGUGGUCGAUGCCAAUUGCCACGGGUGGGUUAGAGCUAACUACGCCUAGAAAGAGUCCUCCUCGGCAUGACCCGUUCGGCUCAAGCCACAAUACUCAUUUGCCGACUCCGCAGAGCCCAGGGACUGCCGGUUCCUACGUUGCUGGAAGAGCAUAUCUACCGGAGUCACCUAUGCCACAAAGUUUUCAUGAACGCCUGCCAGCUCCGCAGUUUAUGCCACAUCGGUCGCUGAGCAGAGUGGAAGAGCAUGUGGCAGCGUCACAGUCCUUUAUCACGCCUGACUCAAGUCCCUUCCUGCCUCGGAGAGACCUGCAACUGCCCAAUGGCAUGGCGCCUGCAGCUUUGGAUUCAGCUUCGAUUCUUUCUUCACCAUUCGCGAUUGGAUCGAACAUCCAAAUUGAAGGGAAAGAAAGUGUAGCUUCAGCAUCAUCUACUGGACAGCACACUCCUCCGUCGUCACGCGAGAUGACUCCAUAUACAACGCUGUCUUCUCCGCCCCUGGGUCGCCUGACGCUUGCUGAUCAGUCCAUGCCCAAGAGUCAUGCCGUAUCGACGUCGUCUACCACAUCAAGCAAUGCCUUGCUGUCGACUCCGGGAUGCGGUGACGAUUUGUUCUCGCCUGAUUCUUCUAGCCCCAAAUCGCCACCUUUGCUGUCUGCACCGAUCCCUCAGCGGGCUAUCGGGGGCGAGGUACAGCGUAUGCGUCUGCAGUUGGCCACAGACCAGGUCGCACGCAGCUAUGAAAAAGAGGCGAGGAGGCCUGAUUACCUCGUACGACGCCCUCGCUCGCCCCAUGACCAACCCAAUGGCGACUCGUUGGAUGCCGACGAUCAGGUGCCGGGCUUCGGGGUCACGGUGAGCCCUGUCAAAGGCCGGAGGAUACAGUUGUUUCAAGAGACAUCCGAAGAAACCUUUGAGCAGAGCCUCUUAGCGGGUGGCUAUCCAGGCUAUGGGUCAACUGUUGUACCUGAUCCGCAGACACCUAUAAGCAAAGGUGCGAACGGCUUGUCUCAGCGUGCUCUCCAGUGGCUGCAGCAAGCAACACCGGGUCAACCAGGUCCAUCAAGCUUGACUUCGGAGCCGGACACCGAGUCGGUGCCAUCUGAAAAGGAGUUGCUUAAGCGCAAGCGUUUGGCAGCCUUCCAGCAUAAGGAGACGUCAGCGCCUCCUAGCAAAAUGCUUGCAGUUGAGAUGGAGGGCAGAGGUAGAGUCCUAGUUCCCCCGGAAGAGACCCCUGCUCAGCAAGAGUCACCGAAGAAGCGGAGCUCUCGGCGCAAGAAGCGACGUGGCGAUCACGCAAAGCGCGGUUUGCUUGACUUGCGACUGGAAGAGCGAGAGAUCAAAGGGCCAAACUGGUUGGAUUCGGCAUUUCCUUGGUGUAUGCGGCUGCAAGAGCGCGAUGAGAUGACGCGGAUGGAGGAGGAAGAACGUCUCAAAUGCAUCGAACGCUAUCUGGAACGUGACAGCGACAGCGACAGUGAGGAGGAAGAUGUGGUGGAAGACCAAUCAUUACAACCGGUUGUACGGUCUCAUGAUGACGACGUUCUGCCUCCACUGAUGAAGAAGGGACGAGGGAAGGUGGUUCCUCUCAAGAGCAACUUGCAUGUUCGCGACCCUUACACUGAACGAGGCAGUGUGGUGAUUCCGAGCGAUCCUGCAGAUGCCAGGGCGGCGUUGCUGUCAAAACGUUCUGUGCGGGCAUUGGCGGCGCGUAGGAGACGUGAAAAGGCAGCCGCGGAAGAAGGCGAGGAUGACGAGGCAGUGCUUUGCCCUUGUAGACGUGGUGACGACGGACGCCCAUUGGUUCAAUGUGAUGAUUGUCAUACAUGGUAUCAUUUGCAGUGCGUCGGCAUUAAAUCUGCAGAGGAGCUUGGCGAGGAAGACGACCCAUGGUAUUGUUCCGCAUGUCUCGGGGUCGAGCUCGCGGCGCUUGCGCACACUGAACCCACCUUUGUACCGACCGACGAACGGCCGGCAAUGGAUGGGAUUCGCGAUCCCCUAUUGUAUCAGGGCGCUCUCCAGGGGUCUCCGAAGACACCAUGGAGCUCUAGCCGACGUCCUAAAACGCCCUCGCGGAGUCGCGACUCUACAUCCACAUAUCACUCCCGCACAUCAUGGGGAGGAAGGACCGGAGGGCCUUCCUCUACGCCCAACACGUCUGCGCAUAGCGCGCGAGUGUACACAACUCCAGGCCACCAGUUCGACUCACCAUUUGACCCCAACAACACGCCGUCGCGUAGCAAACACGCAUCGUAUACGACUCCAAAGGGUGGCAUUUGGUCUGGACGGAAUGGGGGCCCACUACGCACCGCAAGUGACGCCUGGAGACUAAGUGGAGGCACACUCACCUUGUCAAACUUUGAUCGCUACAACAAUCUACCCCCCAACAGCCCGUACCGUAGUAUAUAUUCCCACGACGACACGCCCAUCCGCCGUGCUGCGCCGAGGGAGCAGCCGCGUCCUUUGCUUUAUCGGAGUCUAUGGGAUUCGCCAGGUGGUUCGCGAUUUACGCGGGGCGCUCUGCGUGGUGAUGGCAUGGUGGUCGACGAGGAUGAACGCGCUCUGAGGAAUGCGCCGAUGAUGGUGCAGGAGCACGACUGUACCUCAUCACAGCACCUUAAUCCAUGCCGUCGACGCGAUCUACGACGCGUAGAAUUUCUUGAUUUGUUCUAAUAUGCUAGGUUUUUCUCUUGCUGAGUGCGAUGUAUGGUUUGACGGUUUGUAGUGUAAAGUGCAACAAGGACCAUGUUCGUACCUCACGCGUCUAGUCGCGCCAAUAUAUGUGCGUCCCGAGCCCAGCGUUGGGAUGGAGCGAGCAGA